AGCCUUGUAGCCACACAAAAUUUCCCCCCAACAAAAACACACCAUAUAUAAAUUUCUCAAUUCCACCCUAAAAGAAAAAAACAAGAAAACCCACUUCGUGAAUCCCCCUUUUGAGAAGAGCUCUCAAAAUCCGGCGGCCAUGGCAGUUCAGAAUAAUUCCGAUGAGUCUCAGCCCAGUUUCCCCCUCCAUCUGUGCUUCUUCUUCCUUAUCCUCCUCAUGUUCUUAACCUUCUCUUGGUACUCCAACUACGAGUCCGCCGUCGACGGCGUCUUCGAUCAGCUCAAGCUCCUCCUCAUCGCCUCCCCGCUCCUCCUCCUCCUCGCCGUCCACUGGCUCUCCAACGCAGACAACGGCCGCCUCCCGCCGCUCCUCCCGCUGCCGGAGAAAGACUCGCUCCACCGCGCCGGAGCCACCCCGUGGGGCGUUGGGUUUUUGCUCGUGCUUCUCCUUUUCAUGAUCUCUUAUCAGUCUUACUUCCAAGAACGCUGGUUCCCUCUCUUGAGCCGGUGAUCGGACUGCCGAUCCGCCGCCGUGAAGCCCCGUUGGUGUUCGAUAUGUCGUCGUCGCUCUGUAUGUUAUUGGUUUUUUUUUUUUGUUGACGAGGAGUUUGGCCGACGUGUCGGAUCUGGAGAUGUAAUAUUUGUUUAUGUUUAAAUUAUUAAUGUAAUUAGCUUUUUUUUUUUCCUUCUUA